GCAUGAGGUCACGUGACUGCGUCGGUCGGCUUUUUUGUUUGGACGUCCACACAAAGCCCAAAGGUGUGUUUAUGCGCCGCGAUGUCGAGUUUGUGCCAAAGCUGAGCGCUGUGCCAGAAGCCCCGCUCUGAAGGAUAAAAGAGCCACAUACUCCAGCAUCAGGAAGUACUUUCAGGAAGUAGUUUUGUAGCUUUGAGUGACAGCUGUGCCGCGGUGACAGCCCACAGCGGACGGACGGACGGCAGCCCGCAGAGCCGAGCCGAUACUCAAGAUGGCAGGUCUAUCUUUAUAUUUUGAAGAUGGCCAUGACGAUUUGGAUGACUUUGGAUUCGAUGACUACGGUUCAGAGUGCGACGGAAUCCGCAUCACAGCUUUCCUCGAUGCAGGACAAGACAACCUCACUCCACUCGGGAGGCUAGAGAAAUACGCCUUCAGUGAAAAUGUUUUUAACAGGCAAAUUGUGGCUCGCGGUCUCCUGGACGUGCUACGAGAGUUCAGCGACAACGAGAAUGACUUCAUCAGCGUCAUGGAGACUGUAGCUCGGAUGUCGGAGGAUGGAGAGCCAACAGUCCGGGCCGAACUCAUGGAGCAGGUCCCAAACAUCGCCAUGUUCCUCCACGAGAGCCGACCCAACUUCCCAGCAGCCUUCUCCAGAUACUUGGUCCCCAUCGUAGUACGCUAUCUCACAGACCCCAACAACCAAGUGCGUAAAACCAGCCAGGCGGCACUGCUGGUUCUCCUGGAGCAGGGUCUGAUCUCCAAAGCCGACAUGGAGACCAAAGUGUGCCCCGUCCUCCUCGACCUCACAGAGCCCCGAUGUGAUGACGACUACAAGAUCGAGGCCGUGGCCAUCAUGUGUAAAGUGGUGACCAUGCUCAGCAAAGACACAGUGGAGCACCUCCUCCUGCCGCGCUUCUGCGAUCUCUGCAGCGACGCCAGACUCUUCCAAGUCCGAAAGGUUUGUGCUGCUAAUUUUGGGGAGUUCUGCUCGAUUGUUGGCCAAGAAGCAACAGAAAAGCUACUGAUGCCCAAAUUCUUCGACCUGUGCUCCGACAGUUUGUGGGGCAUCAGAAAAGCCUGUGCAGAGUGUUUUAUGAUGGUGUCAAACUCCACCUCUCCGGAAGUGCGACGCUCCAAAUUGUCCCCCCUCUUCAUCAGUCUCAUCAGUGACCAGUCCCGUUGGGUCCGACAGGCUGCCUUUCAGUCUUUGGGGCGAUUCAUCUCCACCUUCGCCAACCCCUCCAGUACGGGCCUUCACUUCAGAGAGGACGGAGCCCUCCUCGAGGUGCCCAGGUGCACAGCAGACAAUGACUGCUCCCUAAACUCCCUGAACUGCCCGAGCACGCACCACAGCACAGAGCGGACCAUCACCCACACACCCCCGAACCAGGACGGCCGCGCCACGCCAUCCCCCGAGCGCUCGCUAACGGCCGACCGCGAAGACAUGCGCACCUACGAAUACAACAGCCACCACACGCCUCACAGCCAGCCCCACCACACGCCAAACGCCCAGGCCAGCUUCAAACACAACCACCUCAACAACAGCAGCAGUACCACCACAGACAAUGAGCAGACAGACGAGAACUUUAACUCUUUCCGCUACUGGAGGCCUCCUUUACCGGACAUCAGCGACGAACUGGAGAUGCUAACGACGUCGACGAAAGAGGAAGGGAGAGAAGAGGAGGAUAAGACGAACGAGGAACAGCCAAAGCAGAUGGAACAACCGGGCGAUAGCUGCACGCACGAAGCAAAGUCCAAUUCCACCAGUGACCAGAUACAGAAGGUGUUGGACUGUUUGCAGCCGCACUUAGAUGACCCCGAUGUGCAAGGUGUAGAUGAGGAGGACAGGAGCAGAGAUAAGUUGCAUUCAGGAGAGAGACAGGAGAUUCAUCAAAACAGUGCUGCCCAAGUGCAGGUCCUGUCCGCUGCCCUCAAAGCAGCGCAGCUUGACAGCCCAUCCGCGAGCACAGACAGCAGCCCCACCACAGAAAGUCCCACCAUGGAGAGUCCCAACACCGAGAGCCCCACCACAGAGACCCCCUCCCAGGACAGCGACUCCGACAGCCCCUCCGAUGAGUGCAAGUCCAUGGAGCUGCAGUCUGAGGAGAGCGAGGGCAGCGACAGUCCCACAGAGGAGGAGAAGAGCCUGGAGUCGCCCGCCACCAGCCCCGAAUCUGGUCCCGAGUCUGCUUCUGAGUCCGAACCUACUGACUGCAGUCCUCCCGAGUCCAGUUCUGACCCCGCUCCAGAACCCGCAACAGAGUCCUGCCCCGAGUCUGAGUCAUGUCCCAAGUCCUGUCCCGUCCAGGAGCAGGGAGACCAGGAGGGGGACAGUAAACCUGCUGAGACCCAGGAAGAGUCACCGCCGGACUCUCCACUUCUGGAGUCUGAGCUCAUCGAGAGUGUAGAAGAUGAGGGCAUAGAGGACUCCGCCCACAGCCCCACAUCAGAGGACAAACCCAAGAUCCAGAAUGUGAUCCCACAGCAGCUCUUGGAUCAGUACCUCUCUAUGACGGACCCGGCCCGAGCGCAAACCGUGGACACAGAGAUCGCCAAACACUGCGCCUUCAGCCUGCCCGGGGUCGCCCUCACACUGGGCCGACAGAACUGGCACUGCCUCAAGGACACCUAUGAAACACUGGCUACUGAUGUGCAGUGGAAAGUGCGGCGGACUCUGGCCUUCUCCAUACACGAGUUGGCGGUGAUCCUCGGAGACCAGCUCACGGCAGCAGACCUGGUCCCCAUCUUCAACGGGUUCCUCAAAGAUCUGGACGAGGUUCGCAUCGGGGUCCUCAAACAUCUCUACGACUUCCUCAAGCUCCUCCACGCGGACAAGAGGCGAGAGUACCUGUACCAGCUGCAGGAGUUCAUGGUCACAGACAACAGCCGCAACUGGAGAUUCAGAUACGAGCUGGCGGAGCAGCUGAUCCUGAUCAUCGAGCUGUACAGCCACUACGACGUGUACGACUACCUCCGACAGAUCGCGCUCACACUGUGUUCCGACAAAGUGUCCGAGGUCCGGUGGAUCUCGUACAAACUGGUGGUGGAGAUCCUUCAGAAACUGUACGCUAGUGGAGCAAAUGAUCUGGGCCUGAACUUCAUCAACGAGCUCACGGUUCGGUUCUGUCACUGUCCCAAAUGGGUGGGACGACAAGCCUUUGCCUUUAUAUGUCAGGCCAUCGUGGAGGAGGAGUGCAUGCCCAUGGAUCAGUUCAGCCAGCACCUGCUCCCCAGCCUCCUCAGCCUCUCCUCGGACCCUGUGGCGAAUGUGCGCGUGCUCGUGGCCAAAGCUCUGCGCCAGAGCGUCAUGGAGAAAGCUUACUUCAAGGAGCCCGGCUGUGCGUACUCGGACGAGCUGGAGGAGACCGUCAUGGCGCUGCAGUCGGACAAAGACCGAGACGUGCGCUUCUUCGCCAGCCUGGACCCCAACAAAAACAUGGCAGACACCGCGCCCCUCAUCUAACCCCCACUUCCCCCUCCCCUCUACAGACUCUCCACUUCCUCUGUCAAAACUUUUACAGACUUCUACUGACCACAACACCAGCAGAAUCCUAACCAGGCGACGGCAAGAUAACCCCGCUAAUCAUGUCCUGAAGUCCAGUUCAAAGCAUGCUUCAGUUCCAUGAUCGGGCUGCAUAUUAAAACUACGCACAUUCACAAAAAUACUAGUUCAUAGUUUUUAUAAAAAGAGCCGGACUCGUAUUUUGAACUUUGGAACUUUCCCCUAUUUUUUUUUUUUUUUCUUUCCCCUAAACGAAACUAAACGCUAUCCCUUCUCGAAUCUAACCGCGAGCUUGGUUUAUAAGCUGUUUUUCGUUUCAUUUCUGUGCAUUUCUUAAACCUUGAAUCUCAAUGUGUUGUGCACUAACUCAGGGGGACCCGUUUGAACUGAAAAACAGAAUUCGUGAAAAAAAAAAAAAAAAGACGAAGAAAAAAAAAAUAAACGCAAGCUUAUCGUCCCACUUUUGUUUGAGCCACUGACCAGCGAAAAUCGAGUAGCUUUGCUGGUGAUUUUCGACGCGUUUGGUCCUAAACUGAAAUCCGUUUUUUGUCGCCGAUGUCUUCAGAUAUGUCCGUGUGAUAAAUGUCAGAUCUUGCUUUUCCAUUUUUAGUAACCACUACUUUUUCGUCACUCAACCUACAACAGAAUUUUAUCAGGUAACGGUGUAAAUCGGUCCAAUUUUCGAUCAUCCAAAAGUUAAGUUGUGUGUUUAUAGAUUUCUGUAUGCCAGCAAAUGUCUUCAAUUGGCCAGAAAAUUCUCGCACUUUUACCCUUUUUGUUUUUAUCAUCUCAAUUGUUUUGGUUUUUACAAAGAUUAGCCCCAGUUUUAGAGUUAUAUGUGAUUGGCAGAGAGUCAAACUUCAAAAUAAAGCUGGUCUGGUAACUGAGAAACAUUUUUUUUAUUUAAAUAUGGACACGUUUGCGUUUUCAAAAUAUAUUUUUAGGUUGAAUUUUACUUUGUAUCUAAUAAAAAUAUUGGUAUGAAAUGUACUUCAAGUAAAUCAAGCCAUAAUUGACAAACUUCUUUAACCCACUUUGUUUUUUUCUCUUCUAAUUUUAACUGAAAAUCUACUAAAACUAAAAUGUUUGGACCUACCACUGGUUUUGACAUUUAAAGGCGCAUUGUGUAACUUUUCUGGCUUUUUUUCAUGGAGAUUUUAAAGCUUGAAAUGUUCCAUAGUGGCUUUAAACCUAUCUAUCUUGCGUUUAUUCAAUCACAGGUGUUUUUAUUGCUUUUAAAAAACAUUUGCAGGGUGGUGGUGUCACUUUUUGCGUCUCUGUGGAAAUGGAUGCGUUUAAUGCAACACUGUGGAGCAUUCUGGACACAGCGGUAACAUCUCCACAGAGACGAGAAAAGCCAGAAACGUUACACAGCUCAACUUUUUAACUAUUACAAUUUACACAUUAACACAUCUAUCUUAGACUGACCCAAACUUCUAAAAAAAAAAAAAGUGUUUUCAUGAUUUAAUUUCAUUCUUGAAUUUUACUUUUUUUCCACCAAAAAUGUGACUUGUUCCACUCGUUUUCAGGACAUGUACCGGAAAUACCUCUGCUUGGAUUUGACUUGCCAGUGAGGAUUUGAGUAUCAGCGAAUAGGAAAUAGUUUUCGUUGUGGCGUUUUAACAUCGAUAACAAAAAGGGCUCAUGUUGGUUGGACAGGGUCUAUUUAGUGACAAUGAAAUGAGCACAUAGUUUGGAAUAUGCAUGUCCCCCUUCUCUGGAAAUUUCUUCCCCUCUGUCCCAUUUGUGUACAGUCAAUUCCCAUGAAAGUUGCGGAUCUAAAGUGUACAGUAGGUAGCUUUUUAAUAUAGCGAAGAACAUCUGAACCAGGUGAUGUUUCCCUGUCAAAAGUGGAGCCAUUUUAAAAGUAUGAGUUUUUUCAAAAAUGUUGUUGUACAGCGUUUGAACCUGUGGAAAAAAAAUGGUUGAGUUUUUUUGAACCAAGGCCAGUUUGAGUAGGGUAAACUAUGGACCCAAAAGAUGAGGUGUGUGGAUAUUGGGAGCAGUCACCAAGUCACUUUUUGUAGUCUUUGGAGCUCUUUUUCUUUCCUUGUAAAUGAUAACCUGUUUUUGACAUAGACCUAACUUGAGAAACUUAAGCUGAUUGUGGUGUGUGCUGUGCAUCUCAAGUUUUGUUUUGUUUUUUACUUCAGAAACUUUUUGGAGAGGCCACCGCGGUGACUCGUCUCCUCUGUCUGCGACCUGUGUCCAUCUCAUUUUUUAUGUAGUAGAACAGUUAAUAUAUACAUUUUAUGAGAAUUAUUUUUCUUUUCAAUUAUGCACCACUGUUCAAAGAUUUUAUAUCCUAACUUUACAAAAUUUACAAUCUUUUUAAUAUUCAAUGGUUUCAUUAAAAAGACAUUUUAUGUAAUGUUAUUUUUAGUAUUCUGUAAUUAAAAUGAUGAAAAUUA